AUGCAGAGGAAUGUUACUGAGUUCUUCCUCCUUGGGUUCUCUGAUCUUCCGCCAUCAUUACAGGCCAUAAUAUUCUCCUUCUUUCUGUGCUCCUACAUUCUGACAAUAAUCGGUAAUGGCCUCAUCAUAUUGUCCGUAUCCUUUGAACCAAUUCUUAAAACUCCUAUGUAUUUCUUUCUGAGGAAUUUAUCUUUCCAUGAACUUUGUUUAACUACAGUCACUGUUCCUAAAGUCUUGGAGAACUUCCUUUCAAAGGAACGGACCAUCUCAUUUGUGGCCUGUGCCUCUCAGAUGUUUUUCUUUUUUUGCAUUGGAGUAUCAGAAUGUGUCUUUCUUGGGGUUAUGGCCUUUGACCGGUACAUGGCCAUCUGUCACCCAUUGCAGUACACCUUGGUGAUGAGCCCUAAGAUGUGUCAUAAGUUGACUAUAGGAUCUUGGGUUAUUGGAUCUUUGGUGUCUUUAGUACAAACAAGUUACAUCUUUAGUUUGCCAUAUUGUGGGUCCAAUCGUAUUGCCCACUUCUUCUGUGACAAUCCUUCACUUCUUAACUUGGCUUGUACCAACACGUUCAUCAAUGAGCUCCUACUGUUUGUCUCCUGUAUGUGUGCAGCUGGGAUCCCAUUCCUUCUCAUCCUCUGCUCAUACGUUAAAAUCCUGAGCUCCAUUCUUCUCAUUCAUUCCUCAGAAAAGCGGCACAAAGCUCUGUCCACGUGCAGCUCACACUUGAUAUCUGUCUUCUUAUUCUACGGCACCGCCAUGUUUACCUAUCUACGCUUGGGCACUUAUGGGUCUGAUGACAACGACAGGAUGAUAUCUCUGUUUUAUUGUAUUGUGAUACCAGCUAUAAAUCCCCUUAUCUAUAGUCUGAGGAACAAGGAGAUGAAGACCGCCAUAAGGAAGCUCAUGACCAAGAUUCCCAGCAAAAUGAAUGGAAUCAGCUACUGA